UGUGUGGAUCUGGAAGCCAUGUGGCUGUCACUCCCCACGCUGACAGUGCUUGUCCCUCUGCUGUCAUUGGCUGGUAUUUUGUAUUCUGCCUCAGUGGAAGAUGACUUUCCCCAAGGGUGUACCAGCACAGCGAGUGUUUGUUUCUACAGCCUCCUGCUUCCAAUCACCCUGCCUGUAUAUGUGUUUUUUCACCUAUGGACAUGGAUGGGACUUAAGCUGUUCAGGCACAAUUAAUUACUAAGGUGACUGUGCACUUUGUUGCUGGUCAUUGUGGAGAAUAUCUUUAUGCCGGUCUGUAGCAAAUCAGUC